UACUCUUGGAAAUAGCCGAGCUUCGCGCCUCCCAACACACCGAAAGGAACGGAGAGAACCGGGAUCCCCCUGCGGGGACCCGGAACUGAUCUGACACGAUGGCAUCUGAUGACUUUGAUAUAGUGAUUGAGGCCAUGCUGGAAGCUCCCUAUAAAAAAGAGGAGGAUGAGCAGCAAAAGAAAGAGGUUAAAAAGGACAGUCCUAGCAAUACCACCAAUAGCACCGGCAACAAUGGCAGUGGUACCAGUGGGAGCAGCACCACUGGGGAGACAAGCAAGAAGAAGGGGAGUCGGAGCCAUAGUAGAAGCAAGGAUAGGAAGCACAGCCAUAGUCGAGACCGGGAUCGGCAUAGACGAAGAAAUAGUCGGAGCCGAAGUCGGGAUCGGCAGCGCCGUCAUCGCAGCCGUAGCUGGGAUCGUCGACAUAGUAGUGAGUCAAGAAAUCGGGACCGGCGUCGUGAGGAUCGUGUUCGCUACAGGAGUCCUCCACUUGCCACUGGGCGUAGAUAUGGACACAGUAAGAGUCCUCAUUUCAGAGAGAAGAGCCCAGUCAGGGAGCCUGUUGAUAAUCUGAGUCCUGAGGAGCGUGAUGCCCGCACAGUUUUCUGUAUGCAGUUAGCUGCCCGCAUUCGGCCUCGAGAUCUGGAAGAAUUUUUCUCUGCUGUUGGCAAGGUUCGUGAUGUGCGUAUCAUCUCAGAUCGGAAUUCACGUCGUUCUAAGGGCAUUGCCUACGUAGAAUUCUGUGAAAUCCAAUCUGUGCCACUGGCCAUCGGGCUGACUGGGCAACGGCUGCUUGGAGUGCCUAUCAUUGUACAGGCCUCACAGGCUGAGAAAAACCGACUGGCAGCCAUGGCCAACAACCUGCAGAAGGGCAGUGGUGGACCAAUGCGCCUUUAUGUGGGCUCCCUGCACUUCAAUAUCACUGAGGACAUGCUCCGGGGCAUCUUUGAGCCUUUUGGUAAAAUUGAUAAUAUUGUCCUGAUGAAGGACUCAGAUACAGGUCGCUCUAAAGGUUAUGGUUUCAUUACGUUCUCUGACUCUGAGUGUGCCCGGCGGGCCCUGGAACAGUUGAAUGGCUUUGAGCUUGCUGGUCGACCUAUGAGGGUUGGCCAUGUGACUGAGCGACCGGAUGGUAGCACAGAUAUCACUUUUCCUGAUGGGGACCAGGAACUGGAUAUGGGAGCAGCAGGUGGACAUUUGCAGCUCAUGGCCAAACUGACAGAAGGCUCUGGAAUCCAGCUGCCAACCACAGCUGCUGCUGCUGCUGCUGCUGCCGCUGCUGCUGCUCAAGCUGCCGCCUUGCAACUGAAUGGACCGGUUCCCUUGGGGGCCCUAAACCCAGCGGCUCUGACUGCUCUGAGUCCUGCCCUGAACCUCGCCUCCCAGGCAAUCGCCUCCCAGUGCUUCCAGCUCUCCAGCCUCUUUACGCCCCAGACCAUGUAAAUCAGUGGCUCAGCACACUGCCUCCCUGUGCAUCUGGGUCCUGCCACUCCCUUCUCCACAUCUACUCUUCCACGGCCCCAUCUCUCCAUUUUGUGGACCAAGCCAUCCUGAGGGCAUGACAUUGACUCUGGGGGAUUUGGGGCCACACUUAGAUACCAAGAAGAGCUCCUGCCCAUGGCCCCACUGGGAAUGGGCUCCGCUGAGCAAAACCCGCAGUUGAAGAGAACAGAAUCUAUGCCUACAUUGAAUAUCUGUUUAUCCAUGUGUAUGGUCUCCUAAGAUGACUACCUUGCCCUUUCCAACCACCUCGUAGAGAUUCCUUGAUACCUCCCCCAUUGGGAAGGCCACAGGGCAUUAACUGAGGAAACUGACCUCUCUUCUUUUCCUAUCCCAUUACCUUGGUCAAGGAAUCUGUCAAGGAAACCUUUAGGACCUCUGAGUCAAGAGGACUUUGAAGUUUGAGGGAGUGAACCUUGAAGGUGCUGGCUUUAUGCUACAGGGGCCCUGGAAGAUAGCACAGAUAAGUGCAUUGUGAAGCCUACCUUAGACCUCUGCUUGGUGCAGCUUGAGACCAGAACUACUGCAGGCUUAGCAUUUUGCUGGGAGGUGUGGGAGUGAUGUAUCCUGCCAGACAUUUUGGAUAUCUUAGAGGCUUUCAGGAGGUUAGUAAAAGGUGGGGGUACCUUUCCAAUAUCUUGCAUCUUCCUUUGUAUCCUCGUCCUUCCUCCCAGGUCCUCUCUUUGGCCCAGGAUGGGAGCAUGGAGGAAGUUUGCUACUCUCCACCACUUCCUGUUUGCCAAUACUGUGGUCUCAAAGCCGCUCCUAUUCCCUACCUGGGCACAUGUGAGCCCUUCUCACUGGAUUUUAUACCCUUGUGUCUGUGUACAUAAAUAUAUAUAUAUAAACUUUGUAUAAAAGGCAAGCCCACUUGAUGUGGCGGCUGCUGUCCAUAUGUGUGUGGUCUCAGUCAGUUGGUGUGUCUGUCUAUGUUAACUUCUCUUGAGCCCAAACUAUGAUGGUUCUAGAGAUAUAAAAGAUUCAUGACAUCA